AUGACGUCAAGCAAUGCUCCCGUCGAAGUGACCGCCGUGGCCGGUGGUGACGCCUGGCUCCCGUGCAACAUCACCCCUGACGGCAAUGAAGAGCGACCAGUGGCUCUAAUCCUGUGGUACAAGGACAACUCUUCAACUCCCGUCUACACGGUCGACGCUCGCUGGGGCAGCCUUCUCCAAGGCGCGCGGCACUUUCCCAGUGAAGAGGACGAAGAACUCGCCGCCAGGAUGAGCUUCGAGGCCAGCCACCAGCCAGCACUGUUACGAGUGACGCGCGUCGAAGCCGAAGACGCCGGGGUGUACCGCUGUCGGGUAGACUACCGCCAGGCGCGCACUGAAGUCACUUACAGCGAGCUACGUGUCAUAGUGCCUCCGAGGGAGCUCAUUGUGCUUGACGAGUACGGCCAAAGGCAAGUUGAUGUUCUUGGGCCAUACAACGAAGGCACCACUGUUCUACUCGUAUGCGAAGUGGAAGGAGGAGAUCCUCCGCCCGAAGUUGUCUGGUACAAGGACGGCGAACUGCUGGACGCCAGCUUCUCCGUUCUGUGGCCGCAAGGCGUAGUGCGCAACGAGCUGCGAAUGGGUCCGUUGCGACGUCGAGACCUUCUGGUCGCGCUUCAAUGCACCGCCUCGAAUAACAACUUCACCGAGGAGCUCUCGUCCCGUCUCAAGUUGGACCUCACUUUGAAGCCGACCGAGGUGAAGGUGUCAUUACCUGCACUGUCGCCACCGGCAAGUGGCGCCGCCCUGGUGGCUGGAGAAGUUGCGGAAGCACGCUGCCUGGCACGCGGAGCGCGUCCCAUGGCGCAAGUCGCCUGGUUCAAAGGCAGCGAGCGCCUGCAGCAUGACCGCCUGCUUUCUCGAGAACCUGGACUUACUCUCAGCGCAGUGAGCUUCGUGGUUCGCGCCCAGGACCAUGGCUUGCAGCUUACGUGCCGAGCGGACAACCCGAGCCUUCCGGGGAGCGAGAUCAGCGAUUCACUGCCGCUUAAUGUUCAGUAUCCGCCACAGCUGUCGCUAACCGCAACCGACCUCCGUCCUCACGAAGGUGAGAAUACGACGCUACGUUGCGACUGGAUAGCCAACCCGACCAUCAACGCCGUCUGGUGGCGCCGAGACGGGCAGUUGCUGGAGUGGCGAGAUGACGUUCUUCACUUGAGCAACGUUACCAGGUCCCACUCUGGCCUGUACGAGUGUCUCGCCUCUAACCGCUUCGGCGAAAGCUUCAGCAAUCAACUGAGGCUGUCCGUGCAGUUCGCUCCAGAAUGCGCCGAGAAUCAAAGAGAAGAGUACGCGGCGUCUCCCGAGCUCCGCGUCGCAUGCGAAGUACGCGCCAACCCGAGCGACGAGCUGCACUUCGAGUGGCUGGCCAACACCACCAAGCGCACAGGGCGCAUCAACAGUCUAGUGGUGAACGGAACCCGGGCCCUGGCUCGGGCCGUCGCCAGCAGGGAGCUCGAGUACGGCCUGCUACUCUGCUGGGCUUCGAACAGCGUCGGAAAGCAGCGAGAACCUUGCGUCUUCCGCAUCGUGCCUCCCGCACCACCAGCAACUCCACACAACUGCACGGUGACUGCUCAGAGUCAAGACGGCAUGGCUGUCACCUGCGUGCCGGGCUCCACAGGUGGCCUCCCGGUCACUUUUUUUGCUGAACUUCUCAUUGACGGCACGGCAACGUCAACGCCUGCACUAUUGAGGAACGCCAGCGACACCCAAAGGCCCGAGUUUAGCUUCUCAGAGGCAAAACACGCAGUUCAGCUUCAAAAGUAUUCGCCUGAGAAGACUUUUUGCGAGUGCACUUCCGGGGACGUUGUGUACCAGUCUCCAGAUCUCAUCACGAACAAAUACGGAGUGUCAGGCGAGUAUUCCAGCCGUGCAGACCGAGCCGUAGCAGUGUCAACAUUGCACGGCGAGGUAGUGGGUGCGUCUAUGAUGGAUACCUGCUGCCCCGGCACGGUCAGCCUGGAGUCGGGCUGUGUGGAACCCGUGCAAAUCAAGCUCACAACAUUCGCCCCUCGCACCAGCCCCGAAGACCGCAGGAGGGCGUCGUCUCCGUGCAUUUGUUCGCCCUCGAGUGUGCUACAGGCACGAAAGACUUCGCGCCCGCAGGACCUGUACUGCACCGGAAAAGAAUCGGCGAUCACUGCCACAUGA